AGAAAGAUAACCGUACAACCACAGAGUUCGAUACAGCCAGCCAAGCAAUCAAUCCAGGCAGCACAAGGGAAUUUGUGGAAGCGACGUUUGGAGCAGACUUCAAUCUCAAUGGAGUAACAUCUAUAUUAAAAUAGAUAGGAUGCUAUUUGAAAAUGUUCUAUAGAAAGAAAAAGGAAUUAAAUAAAACUUCAGUUUCAAAGAAGAAUCUUGGGGGAAACUUUGGGUCACAUAACUCAACACUAUCUGUCCUCCAGGAACAACCCACUAGAGAUGGUGGCAUGGAUGUCCCCCCCCCUUUCCCUGUAUCCCUCCAGGACCCCCAGGCUCCUCCCUGCCCCACUACCACCUGUCUGCUGCACCCCAGGCUGGCCACGGCCACCAGCCCUCCCCCUGUCCUUGGAGCCUGCCUUAGACGGCCCACAGCCCUGAGUCGACAUGCCAGUGCGGCUGGCUUCCCCCUAGAGGCGGCUGGAGCCUGGGCCUUCAGUAAGACCCAGGGGAAAGGAGCGAGCCUUGCCUCCAGCCCCACCACAGAGGCCUCGGAGGUGGGCAUCGAAGUGGAGGACAUCCCCUCUUUGCUCCGGGACGUGGCUUGCUUCGCUGAGGCUGUGGAGAAACUGAAAGAAAUGGUGCUGGGGGAAGCCAGGGUGUGUGUGUGUGUGUAUGCCUUGCGAAACUGAGGAAGGAAGAGGGAGUAUGUCACACAAGACAGGCAGAUAGAUAACCUCUCAGACAGGCAGCUGGACCGUCGUGACCUGGCCCAGGAGUGUUUGGGAGAGGUGUUGCGUGUGUUGAGGCAGGUGAUCGGUGUCUACCCCCUCCUCAACACUGUAGAGACCCUCACUGCUGCUGGAACACUCAUCUCCAAGGUCAAAGGGUUUAGUUACAAGGACAGCAGUGACAUGGGUAAGCAGGACUUUGAGAAAGCCAUCGAGACCAUGGCUGUGGCUUUCAGUAGCAGUGUGUCGGAACUUCUGAUGGGAGAAGUGGACAGCAGCACCCUCCUGUCUCUACCGCUAACAGAGAGGAGCAGGUCUAUGGAGAACCUGUAUGGCUUAGACUCGGCCCAGGCCAAAGACUGUCAAGGGAGGAGUGACCAGCAGGACUGCUGCAUGCUGAGUGGAGAGCAGGUUGACCUCCUACUGCAGUGCAGUGAGGGAGGAGUGGACUCCGCUCUCUCCUAUGCCAAGGCUGUGUCCAGAUAUCUGAAGGACAUUAUCAGCUAUGUGGAGAAAAGGACUGCUCUGGAGAUGGAGUUUGCCAAGGGUCUGCAGAGGCUGUGUCAGUCCUGUAAGCAGAGCAUUGCACAGCCCCAGAUGCCAUUCUUCUCCAUCUACUCUCUGGCUCUGGAGCAGGACUUGGAGCAGAGUGUGGGUGUGCAGCAAACCACUGGCUCCAUACACACUGUUCUACAGCCUCUGAUGCAGUGUAAACAGGAGCAUGAGAGGAGACGCAGAGAGCUCGGAGAGCAGUGGCAGAGGGCCCAGAGGAAACUGACUGAUGCUGAGAGUGGCAUGCGUAAAACUCGAGGCUCAUACAUGAUUCGCUGUGAGGAGUAUGACAAGGCCAGGGGUCGGGCAGAGGAGGAGCUACAAGGGGGAGCAGGCGGGCUUAAAGCUCUGGACCGGAAGAAGCGAUUGGAGGAGGAGGCCAGGACCAAGGCUGAAGAGGCAGAGGCUGUGUAUCGUGCAUGUAUAUCCGAGGCGGAGGCGCGGCACCAGGAGAGAGAGCAGACUAAGGGCAGCACUCUCAGACAGAUCCAUGAUGUCAUCAGACACACAGACCACACCCUCAGAUCUUGCACGGUGUCGUACUAUCAGCUGCUGCACAUGCAGACAGCAGUGCUGCCAGUCCACUACCAGACUCUGUGUGAGAGCACCAAGCUCUACGAGCCGGGACAACAGUACGCCGCUCACGCAAGACAUCUACACAAGAGCCCAGAGGACGCCAGACAUCUCUACACGAGCACAGAGGAUGCCAGACAUCUCUACAUGAGCACAGAGGAUGCCAGACAUCUGUCGAACCCAGAGCCUGCAGCUCACUACCACUUCGAGCCCUACUCAUCAAACCAUCUGUCUGGACACAUCCGCCACAACAGCUCUAACACGGAUGUACCAAUCAGCACGGAGACCACACCUCCCACGGAUUCACCAAUCAGCACGGAGACCACACCUCCCACGGAUUCACCAAUCAGCACGGAGACCACGCCUACCACAGACGAGGAUGGUGGUGCUGAGGAUGGAGUCACACAGAGAUGUGGGCAAGGUCACCAAUCACACAAGUCCUGGCCGUCAACGAUGAAGGACUCGGACUGUCUUGGAGGAGUCUAUGGUCUGGAGUCCUCCUGCACUGGGCACGUACCUAAAGCCAGUGAAGAAGAACAUGAUGGAAACGUCACCUCGUUUGAACAGGGGACAGAGCCAGAGAUCGCCAUUCCCACUGGUCCCUUCCGGAAUGUGGGAAUGUCCAAGGCAGCAAAGACCCACAGACUCCGCAAGCUCCGCACACCUGCCAAAUGCAGAGAGUGUAACAGCUAUGCGUACUUCCAGGGUGCAGAGUGUGAGGAGUGUUAUCUGGCAUGCCAUAGGCGUUGCUUGGAGAACCUGGCUAUCCAGUGUGGCCAUAAGAAGCUACAAGGUCGCCUGUCGUUGUUUGGCAGGGACUUCACGCAGGGGCUGGGAGACCCCGAGGGUGUGCCUCUGGUCAUCAGGAAGUGCAUCACAGAGAUAGAGAGCAGGGCUCUUAGGAUGAAGGGUAUCUAUCGUGUGAAUGGGGUGAAGACUCGUGUGGAGAAGCUGUGCCAGGCCUUUGAGAAUGGGAAAGAGCUGGUGGAACUGUCCCAAGCCUUUCCUCAUGAUAUCAGCAACAUGCUCAAACUUUACCUCAGACAGUCUCUGAUGGGGCUGGCCAAGGAGAGCCUGCGUUCUGCGUCUCCUAGCCCAGAUGGAGGUGAGGUGGCUGGGGCAGCAGUGCUGGCAGACCUGGGUGCUGAGACUCCCCUGGAGGUCCUGACUCUGGUCCACAGCCUGAGGGAGCUAAUGCUAACGGAGCUGCCGCAGGCUAAUACAGCCACACUGCGCUAUAUUGCACAGCAUCUGCGCAGGGUGUGUGAGUGUGAGCAGGAGAACAAGAUGAGUCCCAGUAACCUGGGCAUUGUGUUUGGCCCCACUCUGAUGCGUCCCCGUCCCUCCGGGGCCACCGUGGCCCUGUCCUCCCUGGUAGACUACCCCCACCAGGCCCGCAUCGUAGAGACUCUCAUAGUCUUCUACAGCACCCUCUUCCAUGACAGCUCCUACGGCACCCCAGUUUCCCCCUUAGCCCUAAGCCAGGAUGGUGGAGGGGAGGAGGGGAGAGACUGUGGGGGUGGGGGAGGAGUCCAGGGGAGAGACGAGGGAAACAAGACAGACUUAAUACACGACGGGGGUGAGACGCCAGAUAACCACACUGAGAGACCAGUGGAAUCAGACUGAGGAGGAACCCUCAGCCGCAGCACCCACUGACCCUCUCUGGACCUGAACUCUUCAACAAAGAACUUCUGGGAAAAAUGGAAAUGGAAUUGUUUUUCAAAUGAAAAAGUACUUUAGUGAAUUCUACAAAUUGGAAUUCAUUUGGGAAAUUGCAGUUGAAAUGAAAGUGGUUCCAUCUUACUGUUUUAAUGCGUUGACUACUGAUGAAAAAGUUAGUACACUGACUGGAUAGCAGAAUAUCAUAUUGCUGUUGUGUUAACGUGUUAAUUUCAUUGCAUGACUUGAGGUAUGAUUUUCGAAACCAGUUUUGCCAAAAUGCUGCACAAAGCUAUUUUUAUUGUUUUAAUUACCUGGUGAGAUACCAGGAAGGAAUGUGAGAUUGUGUUUUUGUGCCUGCAAUUUCCUCUUUUUGUAUUCUCUCUGUAUACCCCUUGUAUGGUGUAUUCAUAUGGUAUGUCUAUACUCCAGCCUACCAUCUGCCUGUGUACUCACACCACUACUUCAGCACUGCUGCUGGUUGGUAUGCUAGUCAUUGAGAGAUGUUUAUAUUGUUACAGUUCUAACAUGAUUUGUUGUUUAUCCUUGGUGACAUAAAAUUCAAACGUCAAGCACUAA